CUUCCUGUCCCAGAGUCCCCUUGAACUGGAUGCCCGUGCACCUGAGGGAUGUGCAACAUAAAAGCAUUCUGGGUGGUGGAUUCUGGGAGCAAGGACAGGCGGAAGACGGUCUGGGAAGGAGGCAGUGCGGGUCACAUAUUUGGCGUCUGGGGAGAGGAAAGGUUUGGCCAGGAAUAGCGCCUGGCGGAGACUUCUGGGAAAUGGAGUCCAGUGGCGGGGUGGGGAGCAUAUCGCAUGACCGGAAGUGCUGCUGGUCAGGCUUGUCGCCAAGGAGCUCUAGCGUCUGCAGCGCUGGUGUCCAGGGUUCCUGAGCUCGGACGGGUAGCCGGUUGUAGGUUGCUUGUCGUUUUCUCACUUGCAGUGACGCUGACACCAGGGAAUUGCUGGCAGCCGGUGGCGCGAGGAGGGACCAGUAUGCUGGAGGAAGGAGCACCACCUUUUCCAAAUGCUGCACUUCCCUCAGAGGAAAGAGCAGGAGAGAACAGAAUGGCUGUUGGUCUCUUCGCAGCUGGGCCCCAGGACUUCCAGUUUUCCAACCUGGCAUGAACUCCCAGUUAGAACAAAGGGAAAGCCCGUGGGAGUGCUGAAGGGAGAAGACCCAAGAAGCACUUGUCCAGACUGGGAAACUGUCCCUGAACUGCCAGGGCAAGCCCUUUCUGAAGAGUCAUGCCAAGGCAUGUGUGAGCAGAGGAAGAGCUUCAGUCUAAGACCAGUCCUGUCUCUACAACACAGAGUUCCUGCAGGAGUGAGGCCUUGUGAACCUGAAACCUGUUCUAAGAGCUUUCAGAAUUCAGAAAAAAUUCAGCCUCAGAGAGUAAAGCCAUUCACAUGUCAUGAGUGUGGCAAAGCCUUCAGCUACUGUUCUUCCCUUUCUCAGCAUCAGAAGAGCCACACUGGGGAGAAGCCCUAUGAGUGCACUGAGUGUGGGAAGGCCUUCAGCCAGAGCUCCUCGCUUAUUCAGCACCAGAGGAUUCACACUGGAGAGAGACCCUACAAAUGCACUGAAUGUGGGCGAGCUUUCAGCCAGAAUGCAAACCUCACCAAACACCAGCGCACUCACACCGGAGAAAAGCCCUACAAGUGUAGUCAGUGUGAGAAAGCCUUCAGCGACUGUUCAGCCCUUGUUCAGCAUCAGCGAAUCCACACUGGAGAGAAACCCUAUGAAUGCAGUGACUGUGGAAAGGCCUUCCGCCACAGUGCAAACCUCACCAAUCACCAGAGGACUCACACUGGGGAGAGGCCCUAUGAGUGCAGCGAGUGUGGAAAGGCCUUCAGCUACUGUGCAGCUUUUAUUCAGCACCAGAGGAUCCACACAGGAGAGAAGCCUUACAAGUGUGCUGCAUGUGGGAAGUCCUUCAGCCAGAGUGCAAACCUCACCAACCACCAGAGGAUUCACACUGGAGAGAAACCCUACAAGUGCAGUGAGUGUGGAAAGGCCUUUAGCCAAAGUACAAAUCUUAUAAUCCACCAGAAGACCCACACUGGAGAGAAACCAUAUAAAUGCAAUCAGUGUGGGAAACUCUUCAGUGAGAGCUCAGCCCUUAUUCGACAUCACAUAAUUCACACCGGAGAAAAACCAUAUGAGUGCAGUAAGUGUGGAAAAGCAUUUAACCAGAGUUCAUCCCUUAGUCAACAUCAGAGAAUUCACAGUGGUGUAAAGCCCUAUGAAUGCAGUGUGUGCAGGAAGGCCUUCAGGUGUAGCUCAGCUUUUGUCAGACACCAGAGACUCCAUGUUGCAGAGUAACUGGGAGCAAUGAUCAAGGGAACCCCAGAUGCUCCAACUCAACUCAGCAUCCAAGUCAGGUGCAUAGGUGAGCUCAGAUAAAUACUGUCAAUUUAAGCAUCUGGAGACAUCUCGCACUUUAAUCUGUAGCCCAGAGAAGAGACACAGAAACACCCUGAAUAUCCAAUUCUUACGUGUUGUAAGUAAAAGCUUAAGCUCAAGAGCUUGCUAACAAUUUCAGUCUUUAGUAAGCAUCAAGAAUCUAAAGCACUCACAGCCUGGGGGCACUCGCCUAUAAUCCCAGUUGCCCAGGAGGCUGAGGCAGGAGGAUCCUGUGGUUAAAGCUAACCUCAGCAACAGUGAGGCACUCAACAACUCGGCCAGACCCUAUAUCAAAAUAUAAAUAGGGCUUAGUAUGUGGCUCACUGGUUGAGUACACUUGUUCAUUCCCCAGUACCCAAAACAAAACACCCAAUAGUCCAAAUUCUUUCAGGCAAAAUGAACAAAUCAACGAAAAACUUGUUUUCUUCUAUCAAAGUAUUUUUGGCAAUGCUCAUUUCUUCUGGAAAUAGAAUGGCUGCAAAAGAACCAAGAAGUAUUGGCCAGAUACCAAGUCCUAUCCAGUUUAGGGUAGCAAAUGUGGAUGAGGAAAGGGAUUCCAUUAUCAAUCAUCCAGUACCAAACAGGGAGAAUUACUUCCUAAUGCUGAAAGACAGGCCCAGAAUCCACCUUUCCACUGGAGGCAGCUAUCCAAGAUAGGGUGAAAUGACCCAUAGAGAAAAAUCAAGUCCUCGGAGCAAUUAUUUCCAAACCUCAUUUGUUGGUGCCUAGAAAAAGCUGCCUAGCUGCAGUUUGUCCCAGUGUCAAGUGUUAGGUUAAGGGGAUGAUAGGCGCUCAUUCAAGGAUGCAGCCCACUGGUUGUCAGAUGAUCCUUUAUUAAAAUAUUCUCCCAUGUACUUAACUGUGGAAAAGAAAUUUUCCCAUGUACUUCUUAACUCUGUGGGAAAGAAAAUAGAAGCUCUAUCAGUGAAAGGGGAGUUAAAAGACCCUCCCCUUAGCCCUACACUAAUACCUUUAUGAACACAUUAGCCGCUCCCCCUCCAGCUUUCACCCCUCUAUUAUAACCCAAGUGAAAUGGAUGCAGAAAUCACUUACAGCUGGACACUCCACUGCACCACUAUUGAUGUCAUCUAUGAUGUCAUGAGGGUGGCGGCCAUCAACAUUACAACCCACAGACUGGGCAGUCCCCAGAAUCUCCUUAAUGGUUCCUACAAUUAGGAAAAAUGUGUUUGGUUAUGUGUAUAACUCAGUAGUAGAGCUCUUGCCUAGAACGCACGAGGUCCUGUGUUCAAUCCCCACUACAGCAAAAAACAGGAAAACCCCAACCCAUUUCUAUAGUACAAGACUUGGAACUUCAUAAACCUUAAAUAGAGUCUCUACUGGAUCUCUAAAUGCUCAGCUCAGGACCUAAGCAGUUCUUUCAUCCCCAGAAAACACCAUACCCCAACCUUGAAACUUAUCAACUUCAGUAGCCCUUAUGUACAACACCUAUAACACCUUAAUGAGUACUCAUUUGGGCUGCCCAUAUACUAAAAUUUGAACAGAGAUUAAUUAGCACAGCCUUUUCACAAAAAUGACAUGCAGAUUUGUGAAGCAUUCCAAAUUUAAGGGAAAGGAAUGCAGUGUUCACCUUUGCUCAACAGACUUCCUUCAAUACACAAAACCUUAAAUUGAGCAAAGCUAUCAUUAAGUGAUAUUUGUUGUAUAGGUGUCCUAAAUGCAGGAUGGCAGAACAUGAGUUAAGUGCCCUCAAAGUGGCAAGAAUGCUAACCACUCACUGAAAACAUUCAAAUUUACGAGAUAACACGUUGUCUUGCUCUUACCAGAAAGUUCUCUAGCUAAAGAUCGGUGACGCAUCUGUCGGGCAAUGUUGACAAUUUCAUCAAAAGUGAUAUUUCCACUGUGUUUAACUGCAGGAAGAAAAAAAAAAAGCUUUGUGACAGUCUGAGGCCAAAGGGACUGUAUGUCCUCCACUAUUUGCAGGCUGUUCCCAUGCUUUCGGCACAGAGUCAUCCACAUGAAGAAUAACCCUGUUUCCUUAGCUGGGGUUUACUGUCAGCUCACCACUGGACUGCACCAGCCCACAAACUGGUCAGGUGCAGUGGCGGGUGGCUAAAGACAAAACCAAGUCUUCACCAAUCUGCCAUGGACAGACUUCCUGUUAAGGGAUUAAAAGCAUAGCUAAAAUCAUUGGUUAAGUGUCCAGUGCAUCAGCCAGCCACAUGUUCUCAGAUGCCUAAACCCAAGGGACCUUCCCCACUGGGGAAAGCAAAUCUAGUACUUUUUGGUACUGCCUGGCUCUCACAAUGCUGACCAAAUCAUCAAUCCCCACACCAACCCUGGUUUCAUUAAAGAAAAAACAUUAGGUAUAUAACAUAAAAAACUGCAAACUAAUGUACAGCCAACUUACUGUUUUUCUGUUUCUUUCUGUCUCUUGGUGGCUCCUUGAGGGCUUUUAUGAUCAGGGCAGAGGCAGAAGGUACCACUUCAAUCUGCAGAAGAGAUUCUUGAUGUAAACAAACCCUAACCCCACCUCCAAAGAGUACUACCACUGUAUGACAACCAACACUGCCCUCAAGAGACCAUGGGCCAGACACUAGGUUCCUGUACGUAUAAGUUAUACAUGUAUGUAUGAUUCAUAUGUAUUAAAACACAUUCCUGUGUGGGAAAUGUUAUGUGAUUUACCCAGUGUCACAUGGGUUGAAUCUGGGCCCAAAGUCUUUCUUUGCCUUAUUGUCCAUGCUUUUAACAAAGUCUUCCCACAAGGACCAAAAUUGUUUAGUUCACCAAUGGUGAAACCCUCCUAUCCAGGAUUCCAGGGGGUUGUUACCUCUACCCUCCUUCAAACCAAGCACAAGAAGUAAAUACCUGGGCCUGUCUGUUCUGAAUAGUCAGUUUCACUGUAAUCCUCAGACCCUUCCAAUCACCAGUUGCUUUGGCAAUGUCAUCACCAACCUUUUUGGGAGACUGUAGAAAUAAAAGUAUAUAAUCAAA